AUACUGAAACAUGAAAUCCGGAUAAUUUGUGUAUUUACUUUUCGCGUUUGCCUUCAAAUCCACGUCACACUAAAGCAAUUUUAUUGAAAAAAAGACCAAAACUAACUCGAACGAUUGAAAAAGUAUUAAAUUAGGUGCAUUUUCUAGUUUAGUUCAAAGUAGCAAUAAAAAUGAGUCGGCACUCAAACGAGGUCGAUGAAUUAUUCGACGUGAAAAAUUCUUUUUACAUUGGCAACUAUCAACACUGCAUAAAUGAGGCACAAAAGAUUACUAAACCAUCGCUUGAAAAGGAUACCUUUCUUUACCGAGCUUAUAUUGCCCAGCACAAGUAUCGCGUGGUACUCGAUGGUAUCAGGUCAAAUAGUGACAAUCCAUUGUUGGCACUCCGUUACUUAGCUGAGUAUCUGUCGGAUAAAUCUCGUCGCGAAGUAAUCGUGAGUUUGUUCGAUGAUAAGUUCAAAGGGGAUAUCAGUGAGCUGGAUGUAACUUGGAUCAUUGUGGGUUCUAUUGUGUACUGCUACGAAGGAACUUAUGAAUCGGCACUGAAAAUAUUACACGGAAAUUUUCACCUGGAAUGCUUAUCACUACAACUACAAUGUUUGCUGCACAUGUCCCGGGUGGAUCUUGCCAAGCAGGUGCUGCAAACCAUGCAGGAGAAGGAUGAUGACGCGACCCUAACACAACUUUCGCAGGCCUGGUUGAACAUCCAGCUUGGUGGCGAAAAGCUUCAGGAUGCUUUUUUCAUUUUCCAAGAUUUCUGCGACAAGUUUUCUCCAUCGCUGCUGCUGCUGAACGGCCAAGCUGUAUGCUAUAUAGGCCAGCAAAAGUACGAAGAUGCGGAAAAUGUUCUGCUGGAGUGCUUGAACCGUGAUCCAAACAACUAUGACACGUUGAUCAAUCUACUUUUGCUGUCGCAACAGAAGGAAAAGAACAACAAUCAGUUCAAUCGGUAUCUCUCCCAGGUGUUGGAUCAGCACAAGGAUAGCGCAUUGCUGGCUACAUAUAACAAGAAACAGGCGGAAUUUGAUCGACUAGUGCUACAAUAUGGACCGUCGAACAAUAAAUCUGUGGAAGAUAUUGUUGCCUAAACACGCAUGCAUUGUGAGCACUUGUUGUAUAUGGCAUUAAUGCAUAAGAUAAACCAAGAAUAUAAUAUAAACAACU